GUGUCAGGCAGGGCGCGCGGGGCAUGCGGCUCUGGCUGCAGCCGUGGCGGCGGGCUAGGCUCCUGGGGCUCGCGGCUGCCUGGGCGGCCCGGCGCGGGUCACCGGCUGGCGCGGCAGGCGCAGGCAUGGCGGAGAAGCCACUCUUGGAGGCCGGCGAGCAGGGCGGCUCCCUCCCUCCGGUGAAGCGGCGGCGGGCGGAGAAGCGGGCCGGCUUGCCGGAGGAGGGAGAGGCGCGCUACGUGCCGCCCCCGAAGCGGCUGAACCUCGGCGUGGGCUUCAGCGCGGCCCAUUUUGCCGAGACCAGCUACUACUUCGAGGGAGGCCUGCGCAAAGUGCGCCCGUACUACUUCGACUUUCAGACCUACUGCAAGGGGCGCUGGCUGGGCAGGAGCCUCCUGGACGUCUUCCGCAGCGAGUUCCGCGCACAGCCCCUCGACUACUACAGAGCUGCCGCCGUCGCCGGCCGCCUCCGCUUGAACGAGCAGCCCGUGCGGGACCUCAGCGUCGUGCUCAAGAAUAAUGACUUUCUGAGAAACACAGUGCAUCGCCACGAACCUCCAGUAACAGCACAGCCUAUUGAGUUUCUGGAAGAAAAUGAGGAGGUGGUGGUUGUGGACAAACCCUCAUCCUUACCAGUGCAUCCAUGCGGCAGAUUUCGACACAACACUGUCAUCUUCAUUUUGGGUAAAGAACAUAACCUGAAGGAACUGCACACAAUUCAUCGUCUUGAUCGCCUGACUUCAGGUGUCCUCAUGUUUGCCAAAUCUACAGAAGUGUCCAAGAGGAUUGAUGAACAAGUUCGAGAACGACAGCUGGAGAAAGAGUAUGUGUGCCGUGUACUUGGAGAGUUUCCAGAAACUGAGGUGACCUGUGAGGAACCCAUCCUGGUUGUUUCAAACAAAGUAGGAGUGUGUCGAGUGGACCCCAAGGGGAAACCCUGUAAAACGGUCUUCCAGAGGCUCAGUUACAAUGGCAAGACUAGUGUUGUGAAGUGUUUUCCAUACACGGGGCGAACCCACCAGAUCCGCGUCCAUCUGCAGUUUCUGGGUCACCCUAUAGUCAAUGACCCCAUCUACAACACAGAUGUCUGGGGACCUGCAAAAGGAAAAGGUGGCAAUAUUAAAAAAACAGAUGAAGAGCUGCUCCGGGCACUGGUGGAAGAACACCUUUCAAAAGAGACUAUGAGUAUCUUUGACAUUGCUGAGGAAGAUCUGAAACCAAUUGUAGAGGAUAAAGAUGGUAGUCCAGGGAACUGUGUGAAGCCUGCAGAGGUCAGCCCUGAAAGCACCAGUUCUUGCAAAAUUGAAGAAGCAAAGAGCAAAAGAGAAGGUGGAACAUUGGGGUGCCCACAGAAUUCUGCCCUCCAGUUACAGUCUUACAAGUCAGAGAGUGGAGAAACUUGCUCAGCCGAGCACCAGGAUGAAAAAGAUCCUUUAUGUAGAGAAUGCAAGAUAGUGAGGCCGGACCCAUCACCCAAAGAUCUUGUGAUGUAUCUCCAUGCCUUACGCUACAAGGGGGCAGGAUUUGAAUAUUGCUCCAAGAUGCCUAAAUGGGCACAGGACAACUGGGAAGAAACUUCAGAUUAUAAUAUUUUGUAAAGAUUUAUGUUUGUACAUGGUGGGAAUGUUUCCCACAAAUGCUUUUUUAAAACUAUCUAGUAUCACUGACGGUUGAAUAGUGGAGGAGGAAGAGUUCGUUUAUAAAUUGUUUGUAGAAGCCA